AUGAAGAGUAGAAGUACACGCAGACUGCAAAAGUCGUCUUCUCCCGGGGAUGAUAUAACGGAAAGGUCAACUGCUGCCAUCUUUCGGGGAGUGGACCCGGCUGCUACUGCCAAUGGUGAAAAGGAGCCAAGACGGCCAUUGGCCGAGGCUGUGAAAAAUUCACAGGCGCCAAUUCAACAACAAGAAGAAGAAGCCGGGUUCCCGUUCAACUACUUGUACCAGUUCCAGGACUUUUUAGAGCUCCACAUGAGUGUCCUUAAGGGGGCCCAGCUAUUGGUGUUUGGCUUUUUCGUCCAGUUGGUCUACCUCAAACAGGCCAAUUUCGAGCAUUUGAAAACGUCGAUCCCCAUGCUUUUUUACAACUGGGUGGGCAUCACCGCUUGCAUUGUUUUGAGUGCUGUCAAGAGCAAAGACAGUGAGGUGAAACCGCCAGACUUUAACUAUUUCUACAGCGUCUUGAUCCCCGCCUUGUUGAACACGUUGUACUACGACCCCAGCUGGUUCUUGAUCAACUGCUCGCUCAACUACUUUACCGUGGACAAGAUGCACCCCAUUUUUAAUUUGAUUUCCAGUGUGGUGUUUUACGAGAUUUAUAGAGAGGACAAUGAGUCUACCAUCCCCACGGUCCAGUUUGUUCAGCUAGCAGUGGCCCAGUUCUUUUUCAUUUUUGUUCUCAACGACUUGAACGACCGCAACGGCUCUGGUUCUAGCGACACGUCUGCCAGCAGCAAGUCCUUGCGAAAGCCCGAGAUUCAGUUGAUUUCGAUGCUACUUGUCAAUGUCUUGUUCAACCAAGUGAUGGUCAAGGACGAAUUGCCCUUGGUUGUGUUCCAAAAGCUACUCCUGAGCUUGAUUGUUGCAUCGUUCCUUCUUUACCCAGUCCACGGGUUUUUGAAUGAAUGGAUAGCGAUGGCUGCAUUUGGAGCUGUAUUCUGCUUCUUGGCCAUUUUCCAAUUGAACCUAGUGCUUGGAGAAAAUGCACUUUUCUGGUUGCGGGACUACAUCUUGCAAGUUCCUGAAAGAGUAUACAUUUUCAAAGUCUGGAUAAUUGCAGCUAGUGUGAGUAUCCCCUUGGUAUUUUACAUUGCCGGCAUGUUCAACUUGAACACGAGGAGAAAAAUCUGGCACAUCUUGGUGAUACUCGCGUUGACUUUUACUCCUUCUGUGCUAUUCAAUGAAAUCGACUUUACAUUGAUAGCCUUACUUGGAAUGAUCAUUGUGUUUUUGAUUGUCGAAGGUAUAAGACUCAAUAACAGCUCAUACUUGGGGCAGGCCCUCUCCAAGGGGCUAGCCCAGUUUCAAGACAUGAAGGAUUCAAGUGGAACAUUGAAUUUGUCGUACAUCUACUUGCUCACUGGAGUGACUUUCCCAGUGGUUUACGACUACCUUGUCAACAGGGACAAGGUGACCAUCAUAAGAUACGUGGGGCUCAUUAGUCUUGGAGUGGGAGAUACUCUAGCAUCGAUCAUUGGCCAGCGGUUUGGCUCUCUCAAGUGGAAGGGCAGUGAAAAGUCGGUCCAGGGCACCGCGGCGUUCAUUAUAAGCUGCUUGCUUGCAUUCAAUGCAGUAGAGCACAUCAACAGCAACAACCCGAAAUACGUCCCGAUUGCAAAUUGGGAAAACGCGUUUGUUUCGCUCAUAUUGGGCGGAGUAUUAGAGGGAGUGGCAAAUAUCAACGACAAUUACUUGGUACCUGUAUUCAUACCAAUAGCAUUUGACUUGUUAAAUAGAUGUUACUAG